AUGUAUGAGAAAGUACGCUCCAUUUUCGAUAAACUGUCCACUUCUUUCCAAGUUCUCUCUGACCUCCAUCUUGAGAUCAACCAACAGUACCUAACUUUUGAGAUACCCGUAUGCGCUAAAUAUCUCAUCCUAGCUGGUGAUGUUGGGCGCUUAUUGGACUACGACAACUAUCGCGAUUUCUUACGAAAGCAGACAGACCGAUUCGAGAUUGUCUUUCUUAUUCUUGGAAACCAUGAGUUCUAUAACGACACCUUUAUAGCAGGGCUGCAGAAGGCUAGGCAGCUCGAGCAGGAACCUUCUUUGAGUGGGCGUCUAAUCCUCCUCCACCAGGGACAUUACGACAUUCCUGGAUCCCAUGUCACUAUCCUUGGCUGCACACUCUGGUCUAAAAUUCCAGAUGAAGCUAGGAACAUUGUCUUGUCGAAAAUACAAGACUUUAAAAAAAUUCAAGAUUGGACCGUUGACGAUCAUAAUAGAUCUCAUCGGUCGGAUCUUGCCUGGCUGCAAAGCCAGAUAGAGUCAAUACAGAGCAAAAACAAGACACAGAAUAGGAAGCGAUCUAUACUUGUCGUGACACACCACGCCCCUUCUCUCCAGGGCACAUCCAAUCCGCAGCAUGCGAAUAACCCCUGGAGCUCCGCCUUUGCAACCAAUAUCCUCUCGCAGGUCUCAAAGUCGAGUGACAUCAAAUCUUGGAUUUUUGGACACACACACUACACCACGGAGUUUAAACACCAGGGGAUACGAGUCGUGGCGAACCAGCGGGGGUAUGUGCUUCCCUGGAAUAAUUCGAAGGGGUCGAAGGACGGGUUCGACGUUGGGAAAGUUAUACAUAUAUGA